AUGCGCUAUACAACUCUGAGUGCCAAUAAGCCCAAGAGUGUUCGAACGAUCCUAGGCGGCUUCGGCAUCGGUCUUCUGGCGCUCGGAUUCUCUCUUGCAGCACUCACCAGCUUCGGCAGUCGUAGCUGGGCCUUUAGCGCUCAACAUGUUUUUAUACCCUGCAUUUUUGCUUGCCUCAUCGGCUUUUUGAAUGUGCCGUACUGCUUCAUCAUCAGCACUCGCUUCCAAUGGAACGUAGCGGCCAUGGCUACCACGAUCGGGGCUGCCACGACAGCAUUUCUCUUCACGAUACUUUACUUUUUUGCUCGCCGCCGACUUAGACGGCCGAAGCCUGAGCAGAACGUUCAGUCGGACAACAUCAACCUCUUACGCCGACCUAGCAACACGAGUGCCGCAGGGUCAUACCACACCCAGAAUUACUUCGAGAAUCACUUUGCAAACAUGUACCCAGCUGCACGUACGCCGCCGGCGAUGGUGGCUGUGACACCACCAAAUGAGCAACCACUCAAUGAUGGUGAAUUACAAAGACGACGCAUGUCAGAUCUGCUGCACAAGCCCGAACCACAGAUUUCUCCAGCUACCAGUCCAUUCAAUCGCAUCGACUUUGACGUGGAUGAAUCAGAGUCGCCAUUGAAUGGCUACUACGCUCCCACUAGUGCAAACCAUCUAUCGACUCGUUCAAUCGACGACCCAUCGUGGCGCACACGCAACGCAAGCUGGGUCACUAACGACUCACGACGUAAUUCUUCCCGUGAAGAACGACGUCGCGAGAUUGAGAUGGGAUAA